GCGUUCUCCCUGCUCAGGCUCUUCCACCUACGUUUCGCAAUCCACUUAUACACCAAUCAUAGCGCGAAAAUUAUGGCAGGACACUGAGAGUGAAAAUACACUACCACAUCUGAUGUUAUAAGCGUCACUGAAGAAGCAGCUAUGCUUCCGACCACCAUUGCAUUAGUGUCAGACUUCUUCCACCCGAACGUCGGUGGCGUUGAGAGUCAUAUCUACAUGCUUGGAGCCAAUCUCAUUCAACGGGGACACCGAGUUAUUGCGAUCACACAUGCACACCCGCCAGAUCGUGUUGGUGUUCGCUGGUUAAUGCCCUCCCUCAAGGUUUACUACAUACCUUUCCCGACCAUAGCAUCCUCUGCUACUCUCCCAAAUUUCUUCACCUUUUUGCCGUAUUUGCGCACGAUCGUAUUGCGUGAGGGUGUAAAGCUCAUUCACGGUCAUGCUGGCUUGUCGUCCCUGGCACAUGAAGGUAUCCUUCAUGCUCACCUGAUGGGUGUACGGACUGUUUUUACAGAUCACAGUCUCUUUGGUUUCGAUGAUGCUGCGAGUAUCCUCACAAAUAAGCUACUGGAAGGUGCACUGCGCAACGUUGAUGCCGUUAUAUGCGUCUCGAAUACUGGACGAGAGAAUACUGUGCUUCGGGCACGUAUACCGCCUCAGUCGGUCUACGUCAUUCCCAACGCUUUAGUCGCUGAGCAAUUCAAACCUGCACCUAUGCUGGCACCAACCGACGUCGUGACUAUUGUAGUGCUUUCACGAUUGGCAUAUCGGAAGGGUAUAGAUCUUCUAGUUGCGACUGCCCCGCGUAUUUGUAAACUCUUUCCGAAUGUGCGGUUCCUAGUCGGUGGCGAUGGGCCGAAGCUGAUCGACUUGCUACAAAUGCGGGAGAAGAAUCAGCUGCAGGAUCGUAUAGAGUUACUUGGCAGUGUACCUCAUAGCAACGUCCGCGACGUUUUGGUGCAAGGGUCGAUCUUUCUGAACACUUCGCUCACAGAGGCAUUUGGUAUCGCGAUUGUGGAAGCUGCCUGCGCUGGUCUGUAUGUAGUCUCCACUCGUGUUGGAGGCGUGCCGGAAAUCUUGCCAGAGGAUAUGAUUUCUUUUGCCAACCCAGAUGAGGACGAUGUUAUUCGCGCGAUGUCCGAAGCGAUAGCAAUUGUGUCUCAAGGAAAACAUGACCCACACCGAGCACAUGAAUUCAUCAAAGGGUUCUAUGACUGGGCCUCAGUCGCCGAAAGAACUGAACGUGUGUACGAAGCUGUCUUCGAAACCGAGCCUUAUGACUUCUGGACCAGGAUGUAUCGUACAUUGGAUAUCGGGCGCUUUGUGGGACCGAUUUAUGCGAUCAUCCUCCUUGUCGAUUGUCUAUUCUUCAUGUUCCUAAAGUGGUUGAUGCCGGAAUGUGACCUUGAUAAGGUGGAGAUGCAUUGGGACCAAGGACAGUUCGUUCGGUUGGCAGAGCGUUACCGAGCAAAAACUCAAGCUGAACUUCAAGAUGAUAUGAAAGGACAAUCCAUUUCUACCCAAUGCUAGGACUCUUCUUUCCCGAUACCCUCGUUCAACGUAUACCUUGCUCAAACAUAGUGGCUUUCUAAAUCUGAAUCGAAGGUUGAUGCAGAUGGGCAUCCAUCAGAAAGCGUUGACAGCACUCCA